AUGAUUAACAAAAAUUUAAACUUACAUUUGAAACUAAACAAGAUGGAAUUUAAUCAACCGUCGAUAUCCACUCCAUCAGGAUUAAAUUCACAACCAUAUACGCCAAUAGAUCAAACUUUGAAAACGCCCUUGGAAGCUCCAGGUCAAUAUCCAUUUAACCCACCACCUUUACAUCAUCAAAACUCAUACAAUAACCAAAAUACAAUACAACAGCCAGGUCAAUAUGGGCAAAAUCCUUCGUUUUAUCAAAAUCCACAAUAUGCUGAAUCUGAUGAUAUAUUGACUGAUAUUGAUGAGCCAGAGAGUAACAACAACAACGCUAGCUCUAAUAAUUCAUCACUUAAAAGGCCACUGUAUCCCAUGUCAAAUGGGAUGAAAAAUACAUCAAUAUCAAACUUAUCAUUGAAUGAAAUGAACUUGAUGAACUACAAUGCACAACAGCUGGCUCAAGCCCAGAAUCAACCAAAUAAUGCAUCCAUCAGAUCACGUUCAUCACUGUUGAAUCUUCGUAAACAAUCAUUAACAAGAAACAAUUCAAACAAUUGGCUUCAUGUUGGUAAUAUCCAUAGUCUUCGUCCAAGAAAUAGCAAUGCGAGUACGGAUUCUUUGGAUUGUGUACCUAUACAAGCCAAUUUAUUUAAUGGUGGUGGCUCUAGUGCUAGUAGUACACCACCACAUUCUGCUGGUAUUCAAUCACAACCUCAAUCAAACUAUUUCCCUCAACAGCAAAUACCUGCAGGUGGUGGUAAUAUCCAAUCUCAAACCGCAUAUUUCCCACCACCACCGCCACAACAACAACAGCCUCAAGAGUAUAGAGAUAUAAACUCAUCAGCUCCAUUUGCACUUCCACUGGCACCACCACCAUUCUUGCAGAGAAGUAGAUCAAGUACAUCAGGAAGUUUGGGUGGUCCAUCAGUGCCAUAUCAUUUAAACACUGAAUCAGCGAAUGCCCAAGCUUUGAAUAGCUUGAAUGGAAGAUCAAGUUUUAACUACUCAAACGCAAACGCUGUUGGAUUUGCUUUGGAUUCUCCAUUUGAACCCCAUCCACAUUCUCAACCACUGCAACAAUGGGCCACCCAACCAUGUGCACAACAGUAUUCACAACAGAGGACACUGCUGUUGCUGCUGCAACUGAUGCAAGAUGACACAACAGUGGAUGAAGCUAGAUUCAAUAGUAAUUUCAAUACUAAUUAUGUUUCGCUUAGUGAAAAGAAACGAGAUUCCUUGAAAUUGAAAAGAGGUAUGCAUUGA